AUGGAAGCAGAUGAGAUCACAGAAGAGCCUCAUACCACCAUGGAUGCAGAGGAGCACCCCAUUUCAAAGGACCCCUCUGCUGAGGACUUACAGGAGAACCGUAUCUCUGAAAGCUUCUUGGAGCCUUCUACCUCUGAGACCCCCUUAGAACCCCAUACCUCUGAAUCCCCUUUGGUGCCAUCCCCUUCCCAGAUCCCCUUACAGGCCUAUUCCCCUGAAACCCAUCAGGAGCCUUCCAUCUCUGAGACUCCUUCAGGGACCCCUACCUAUGAGGCUUCAUUGGAUAGUCCCAUCUCAGUGGUGCCAGAGAAACACCUUACUCUUCCUCCCCAAUCACGAAACUAUGUCUCUCUGUCUUCCUCUGAUACUUUGAAGGAAGACCUCUCCUCUGAGUUUUCUUCCAAUGAGGUCCCAUGGACAAGGAGGUCUACCCAUCUCUCUGAAUCUGAGAGCCUUCCAGAACACUCUCCUUCAGGCCCUUCAGCCCAGGUCCAAAUAGACGCAUCUGAAAAGCAGGAGGAAGAAGCAGGAGAGGUUGGAAAGGGAGUAGACGCCAGUGACAGCACUGAUCACACAGCCCAACUUGGACACCAACUAGGUUACACAGCCCGCCCAGUGGUCCCUGCUAAGCAGACAGAGCUGGUGGAAGUGGCUAAGGCAAUGCAUAGAGAGGAGUUUGGUGCUCAGGUGAACAAUCUUUUCCAGUGGGAGAAGGAUGCAGCCCUGAAUGCCAUCCAGACAGGUCUCUACAUUGGCUGGCGCUGCCCCCAUUACCUAUGGGACUGUUUCCGGAUUGGGGAUGAGUCCAGAUGCUUUUGUGGACACUUGUUGAGAGAGCACCGGAUCAUCUCAGACGUAUCGGUGCCCUGCAAGGUGAGCCAGUGCCGCUGCCUCAUGUUCUGCUUUAUCCCAUCACGUCCAGAGGAGGUGGGUGAGUUCUGGCUCAAGAGACGGGCCACCUUUGACCCCAAGGCCUGGAGGGCCCAAUGUCGCUGCAAACACAGCCACGAAGAACAUGCAGCCAGUGGGCCCCAUCCCUGCAGGCAUCAUGGCUGUUGUUGCGGCUGUUUUGAGUCUAAUUUCCUCUGUGCGGCCUGUGACCGGCGCUGGGAGGAACAUGAGACUUUCUUUGAGACCCAGAGGACCCGGCGACGAGGAGGGAGACCUCAUGGGACAGACACUGUCAGCAACUGGCACAGGCCUUUGUGA